AUGACUAUACACUGCAAAACGAGAAAGUUGGUUUCAAACACUUCGUCCUCCAAGAGUCCUGAUCUUGGUCCUUGCUCCAUCGAGCAAUACGUCGCCAAAAAGGACCGUUUUCGAUUCGCCCCAACAAACAAGAUCCCCGUUUCCUGGCCUCAUGACGAUAAAACUCGCCCUUUUACGGUUGAUCGAUUAGCCCUCAACUCAGCGACACAGACUCAGGGAGCCUAG